AAACAGCCUAUCUGUGCUGCCCUGUGAACAGUUUCACUGCUGAGAAAAGAACCCAAGGCUGGAAAACAGUGAAGUGCUGAGGGAAGAGCACAGACUCCAGAGUGGAAGGGAUAUGGGUUUCUGAGCCUAGAAGACUGGUAGUGGCUUUGAGCCCUGCCCCAGGACAGUGGAUGCCUCCUGUGAGAUGACUUCUUGACAUCUUCCUUACUUACGCUGCUGAGCUAUGUUGUGGGGGUGUCUUCUCUCUUUCAGUGUGUCACCAGUACAGAUGAAGCCCUCAUUGCUGCUUCUGUCUCACCUCUGCCUGUUCAGCCUCAUGGAUCCCUUGUGGGCAUCAGACUCAGCACAAGGUGCCUCCAGCCUAACUUGUUGGUAUGACUCACGGGCGGCUCUCUUCUGUGACUGGGACCCAGGCAGGGACCUGGUUGAAGCACCGUGUCAGCUGGAGAUUUUGUCAAAUCAAGGUUUUUGUGACAGCUCAUUGUUGUUCUCUACCUUGAGUCUCAUGUCAUCUCACUUACCCGGAAAAAACAAGAAGGACUGUGAAUUACCCAAGGCAGAACUCAAGAGAGGACUGAGGAGAUGCAUCAAGACCUUCAGCCAAGACAAUAAUACUCAAUGCUUCACCAGGUCAGACCGUCUUGCCAUGUCUGUCCAUUGCCAGAUUGGAGAGAAUAAGUCUAUACCUGCGAGAAUAGAAAAUUUCAGUCCCCUUGCAAAUAUAAAGUUGAGGCCUCCAGGAAAUCUUCAUCUGGUUAACAUAACUGAAAACACCUCCAACUUAACAUGGAACCUGAAUAUUUCCUCUCACUAUUUGAAUGGAGAGCGGGAAUACCAAGUGCGGUACCGAAACAUGAGUCAGUCCUGGGAGGAGGCCAUGAACUUGCCCAUUGAACAUGACCAGAUGUGGGCAAAUUUUGAGAGACUCUCACCCAACUCGAAAUAUGAGGCAGCUGUCCGUGCAAGGCCAAGUGCCAGAAGCACCUACAAAGGCGUAUGGAGUGACUGGAGCAAGCCGAUACUGUGGAGGACACAUGCUGACCAUAAGGAUCAGUCAGAAACAUCCUGGCCAGCCCUGCAAGCUCUUAUAGUGAGCACUUUCCUCUUCGUCAUCAUUGGGACUGCCUUCCUUAUUAGCUUACGGAACCUGAAAUGGUUUAAAAAGAUCCUGAAGAUUCACAUCCCAGAUCCUGAGAAGUUCUUUCCCCCACUUGUUUCGCUUCACGGAGGUGACAUUCAGAAAUGGCUCUCGUCCCCAUUCUCCACAUCUUCCUACUGUGUGAACAGCACAAUCCCAGAGAUCUCUGUGCUCGAAGUAAUGCAGAAGAAUGACCAGGAAUCCCGGUUUCUACUUUCCAAGGGAUCCCUGACUCCUGAUCCUCCCUCAGAAACCAGUGUGCACUCUGUAUCCAGCUGCUUCACCAACCAAGGUUACUUCUUCUUCCACCUUCCCAACUCCUUUGAGAUCGAGCCCUGUCAGGUCUACUUCACAUAUGAGCCUUUCACCCAGGAGGGCAGUGGCAGCAAGGAUGGCAAGUCUCACCAUGCUCUCCCCUCUCCAGACCUCUGCACACUGGCAGAGGACAUGACCGUGUUGCCUCGCAACUUCUUUCACUGUAUCAAGGCGACCCAGGGCUUCCAAAACAGCUCCAUCAUGAGAGAGACAGAAGGUGAAGCCCAGCAGGCCGUGGCUAUUUCUGGGUCAAGCGAGGGCAGCUCACCAACACGAGCUCUGAAACAGGAUGAGAAGGUGAUGGACAAAGCGGUUUCACAACCUGAUGAGGCCCUGUGCCAGCAGCUGAACACUGACUUUCCCGAUCCACUGGACCUGCAUGACAGCAAUACUAUCAAUGCAACAGAGCAGAGUGGGAAGGCAGACCCGCCAGUUGACCGCUGUACACCAGCAGCAAAUGCUACCUCUUCUCUCUCCCAGCUUCCACCUCUAAGGCAAAGACAGGAUGAGGAUCCAUGCAAAACAGCCUUCUCCAGCCAGGUCCCAAACACUGAUUCCUACCUUUCUCUGAAGGACCUCCAAAGCCAGUAUAGCCAUUGCUCGAUCUAGAAUUGGUCUGGAGGAAACUCACAAAUGGUAAAAGCCACCUCUGCGGGGAAGGCUAGAUUGACAGGUUUUCUAUUCAGGACAAGAAUGUUACUUCAGUAGCAAACCUAUUGGGACUGCUCAUUAAUGAGGCUGGAGAACAUAGGCCAGCAAAGACCCAUCUUCAUAGGUGAACCUGGUUUUCUGUUAUUAUUGGCUCUGAUGGUAUAGAAAAUGCUUCCCACAAUGCUCAAGUAACAUCCCGAACCACACCACCUUGCUUUUCCCUUCCCAGCUCCCAGUAGGAGGCUGUGCCAGCAUUUCCAUGCUCUGCAUCUUGGUGUAAAAUAGAACUCAGCUUUGAGGCUGAGCAGGCAUAUGGUUCAUUUGCCUUAUUCUGGCCUGAAAACCUCUAAUGGGAGGGAGAAAUGCCUGAAGAGGUGGAAAUGAGUUUUUGUACAGGGGACAAUAUCACUGCCGGUCGUUGCUGGGGCUGAUGAUGAAAUGGAGGAAGACAUCUCCUUCUGACUGACCAAGAGUGUGAUUUUUUCCUAUGGUGUCCCCACUUCAGGUUUUAAUCAGGGAUUACAUUCUAAGCUAAUCAGUCCAGCUUUAGACUCGAGUCUCCAAGAUCAGCUCAGAGCCACAACUGUGUCAGCAGUGCAGCGUAAAAAAGAAAUCCCCAUUAUUGGGUUAAAAAUACUGGGGAAAUCCCCUCCCCCUCUUUCUUUCCUCCAGCUCUGAUAAUGGCAGUAAAACUAACUCACACAAUUUCCCAUUCUUGCUACAAUAUUUUUCAUGAAAUCGAAAGCCUCUCUGCCCUUCUGGCAAACUACAGUUACUUGACUACCUUAAGCUGACUGCAGAAUAGUUCAUCCCACAUCCUGUAUUAGUGGAAAACAUCACAACCGUGCUGCCCAUUCCUUCCAUUGCUCAAGAGAAACCAUUACCUAAUUAGUAGCAGAUACAAUGAAUGAGACCAGAAUACUAACUGCAAAUCAGCACCUUUACUGAAAAGAAAACUUCAAUCCGCUCAUAAAGAAUGGAGACAGCACAGACUUUGUUUUUCUUUUUCCUCUACAUGUACUUAUCUGGGUUAAGAAAAAGCAACACACCACAGAGGAAAGGUGGCAAGCAAAGGAAGACAGGUUGUUCUGGUUACAUUGAUCCUUGUGUUCAACAUCUGUACCAUCUGUCCACUUUCUUGCCAUAUAUCUGGACUUUUCAGCAGUGGGAGAAUACCACCCUGUGCUAAGAGUUCUUAGACUUCCUCUAAGAGUUUUUCUAAGAGUAUUUAUACCAUAAAACUCAAGGAUAUUGAACUUGUUAGUACUUCUGUCACACCUGUGAGUGUUAACAAAGCUAAUUCUUUCCUAUCUCUAUCUGAACAAGCAUCGAGCUUCCACUUUGUCCUGGUCCUACACUGUUACCUGACCUUGCAUUAUGCAUCCUGAAUGUAAUUAGGAGUCCCAGCUAUAGGGUGACCCACUGGCUUGGAUUUCCCCUCAAAAGAGCUGCUCAAAGAAGUUGAGUCUGCCUGUAGCUGAGAGGGCUGUGGGAACUGUACCUCUCCUCUCAUCAGCUUCUUCACUACCUGUCUCAACACAUGGACUACU